AAUAUUUCAGUAUCAGCUGUACGCGGGCAUUGGCUACACUGCAGCACACUUCAUCAAUAAGAGCCAGCGAGGGCUCUGAGCUUUGCCACACUGCCUUCAUCCAGCACAGGAGGAAGAGCAGAGGCAGAGCCUGCCAGGGAAGCCGAGGGUAAGGCUGCAUCUCGCAGUCCCAGCCUCGGGGUGGUUUUUGCUGCUUUCGCUCCCUCGUUCGGAUCACCCCAGAUAAUUCCCUAACAAGCAACAAGAAUGGAUGUCUUUAAGAAAGGUUUCUCCAUUGCUAAAGAAGGUGUGGUGGCUGCUGCAGAAAAGACCAAGCAGGGAGUGACAGAGGCUGCAGAGAAGACCAAAGAAGGGGUAAUGUAUGUAGGCACCAAGACCAAGGAGGGAGUAGUGCAAAGUGUGACCUCAGUUGCUGAGAAGACCAAAGAGCAGGCCAACGUGGUGGGAGAAGCUGUAGUAGCCAGCGUGAACACAGUGGCAAACAAGACUGUAGAAGGAGCAGAGACCAUCGUGGCCACUACAGGAGUUGUAAAAAAGGAGGACCUGGCAGCGCCGCAGCCGCCCGAGCAGCCCAGGGUGGAGGGCGAGGGGGCCCCGGCCAGCGCCGGAGGAGAGGGUGAAAUUGAAGGUGCUCCAUCAAGUUAGGGAAUUCUUGCUCAAAAGAGACCAUUCCAAGAGCAUACAUGGAAGUUUUAGCUGACACCAUAACAGGAAAAUCCCACUGUCCAUAGACUACUUUGAGCUCUGUAGUCUUGCACUUGCCUCAUAAGCCAGUCGUACUAUAUAUGUAAGCCAGACUCCUUUAACUGUAAGUAACGUGCAGGUGUGUACUGGGCUGUGUGUCUUUCCCAACUUCCCUCCUGGCCUCCCAGUUGCUUUGUAUAUUUUGGUUGGACUCACAAAUCUGUGUCUUGCAUCCAUAUGCACUGGCACUUGGGAUCUCUAGGCAUUGUGGAUUUUUUUUUUUUUUUUUAACUAAUAAAAAGUGUUUGAACAA